AUGUCUGUUUUAAGGGUCUCCGCUUUGAAGCCGUCGGCGUCAAUGAUAAUCAUCCACGGGUUGGGCGACUCGUCCGACGGCUGGAAGUUCUUUGCAGAUCUUUUGCACAGACAGGAGCAAUUCAGACACGUCAACGUGAUCCUGCCUAAUGCGCCUGUUAUCCCCGUCACUGUCUGCAACGGGAUGCCAACUAGCUCUUGGUUCGAUCUGACGAGGUUCCCGAUCGACCAUAAGGUAGAGGAGGACCCGACCACGUUCUGGAAAAGUGUUGACGAGAUUAAGCAAUUGGUUGAGACAGAGGUGAAAAAUGGCAUUCCUGCCAACCGCAUCGUUGUGGGCGGAUUUUCACAGGGCGCGGCAUUGAGCCUCGCAGUGGGCGCAACUUGCAACCGUACGCUCGCCGGCGUUGUGGCAUUGUCUGGAUUCUGUCCCGUGGAGAAAUCGCUCAAGGAUAGAGUCCAGACCGCCAACCAGAAUACUCCAGUCUUCUUUGGACACGGAGACAGAGACCCGGUGGUACCAAUUGCGGCUGCCCGUCACGCUGUGGACGUGUACAAAAAGGCAGGCUUGCAAAACAUUGAGUUUAAAGAGUACAGAGGAAUGGAGCACUCUUCGUCGCCGGAGGAGAUGGCAGACCUCAUGCGGUUUUUAGGCCAGACGAUUCCACAGUGA